AUGGUCUUCGAGUUCGAGUUCGAGUUCGAUUUCGAGCUUGAGUUUCACUUCGAUUUCGAUUUCGAGAUCGAGUUCGAGUUCGAGUUCGGGUUCGCGUUCGACUUAGAUUUCGAGUUCCACUUCGAAUUGGAGUUCGACUACGAGUGCGACUUCGAAUUCGAUUUCGAGUUGAGUUCGAAUUCGAGAUCGAGUUCGACUUCGAUUUCAUAUGAGUUCGAAUUCGAGUUCCACUCCGAGUUGGUGUUCGACCUUGAGUUCGACUUCGAAUUCGCCUUUGAGAUCGAGUUCGUGUUCGAGUUCGGGUUCGAUUUGAAGAUCGAGUUCUACUUGGAUUUCGAGUUCGAUUUCGACCUCGAGUUCGAGUUCGAUUUGAAGAUCGAGCUCGACUUGGAUUUCGAGUUCCAGUUCGAAUUGGAGUUCGACUACGAGUGGGACUUCGAAUUCGAGAUCGAGUUCGACUUCGAUUUCGAGUUCGAGUUCCACUUCGAGUUCCACUUCGAGUUCGACUUCGAAUUCGACUUCGAGUUCGGCUACGAGUUCGGCUUCGAGUUCGACUUCGAUGGACAAAACAUCCCUCUCGUGUUUGUGGAUUUCUUGGAGUUCGACUACGAGUGGGACUUCGAAUUCGAGAUCGAGUUCGACUUCGAUUUCGAGUUCGAGUUCCACUUCGAGUUCCACUUCGAGUUCGACUUCGAAUUCGACUUCGAGUUCGGCUACGAGUUCGGCUUCCAGUUCGACUUCGAUUCGACUACGAGUGCGACUUCGAAUUCGAUUUCGAGUUCGAGUUCGAAUUCGAGAUCGAGUUCGACUUCGAUUUCGAGUUCGAGUUCGACUUCGACUUCGAGUUCGACUUCGAGUUCGACUUCGAGUUCCACUUUGAGUUGGAGUUCGACUACGAGUGGGACUUCGAAUUCGAGAUCGAGUUCGACUUCGAUUUCAAGUUCGACUUCCAAUUCGAGUUCCACUUCGAGUUGGAGUUCGACUUCGAAUUCGAGUUCCAUUUCGAGUUGGAGUUCGACUACGAGUGGGACUUCGAAUUCGAGAUCGAGUUCGACUUCGAUUUCGAGUUCGAGUUCCACUUCGAGUUCCACUUCGAGUUCGACUUCGAAUUCGACUUCGAGUUCGGCUACGAGUUCGGCUUCGAGUUCGACUUCGAGUUCGAGAUCGAGGUCUUCGAGUUCGAGUUCGAGUUCGAUUUCGACUUCGAGUUGCACUUCGAGUUCCACUUCGAGUUCGACUUCGAAUUCGACUUCGAGUUCGGCUACGAGUUCGGCUUCGAGUUCGACUUCGAGUUCGAGUUCGACUUCGAGUUCGACUUCGAGUUCGACUUCGAGUUCCACUUCGAGUUGGAGUUCGACUUCGAAUUCGAGUUCCAUUUCGAGUUGGAGUUCGACUACGAGUGGGACUUCGAAUUCGAGAUCGAGUUCGACUUCGAUUUCGAGUUCGAGUUCCACUUCGAGUUCGACUUCGAAUUCGACUUCGAGUUCGGCUACGAGUUCGGCUUCGAGUUCGACUUCGAGUUCGAGAUCGAGGUCUUCGAGUUCGACUUCGAGUUGGACUUUGAGUUCGAGUUCGAGUUCGACUUCGACUUCUAUUUCGAGUUCAACUUCGAUUUCGACUUCGACUUCGAGUUCGACCGAGAGUUCGACUUCGAGUUCAACUUCGAGUUCGAGUUCUUCUAGUUCGAGUUCGACUUCGACUUCGAUUUCGAGUUCUAUUUCGAACUCGAAUUCGACCUCGAGUUCAACUUCGAUUUCGACUUCGACUUCAAGUUCGAGUUCGACUUCGAGUUCGUGUUCGAGUUCAGAGUUGGAGAUCCAGUUCGAGAUCGAGUUCGAGUUUGACUUCGAUUUCGACCUUGAUUUCGACUUCGAGUUCGACUUGAUGCGAAUAUGCGGGCAUUCGAGUUCGACUUCGACUUCUAUUUCGAGUUCUAGUUCGAUCUCGAAUUCGACUUCGCGUUCGACUUCGUGUUCGAGUUCGACCGCGAGUUCGACUUCCAAUUCAACUUCGAAGUUCGAAUUGAUGCGAAUAUGCGGGCAGUGGUCGACUUCGAGCUCGAGUUCGAGGUCUUCGAGUUCGACUUCGACUUCGACUUCGAGCUCGAGUUCGAGUUCGAUUUCGAGUUCUAGUUCGAUCUUUAAUUCGACUUCGAGUUCAACUUCGAUUUCGACUUCGACUUCGAGUUCGAGUUCGACUUCGAGUUCGAGUUCGAGUUCGAUUGGACGAUGCGACUAUGCGGGCAGUGAGCAAAAUAUCUCUCUUGUGUUUGUGAAUCCCUUCCAGUUCGAUCUCGAAUUCGACUUCGCGUUCGACUUCGUGUUCGAGUUCGACCGCGAGUUCGACUUCGAGUUCAACUUCGAGUUCGAGUUCGUCUGCUACUUGGACAUCGAAUUCGACUUCGAGUUGGAGAUGGAGAUCGAGUUGGAGAUCGUUUUCGAGUUCGACUUCGAUUUCGACUUCGAGUUCGACGUCGAUGCGACUAUGCGGGCAUCGAGUUCGAGUUCGAGUUCGACUUCGACUACGAUUUCGAUUUCUGGUUCGAACUCGAAUUCGACGUCGUUUGAUUUCGAUUUCGAGUUCGACUUCGAGUUCGACUUCGAGUUCGGCUUCCAGCUCGACUUUGAGUUCGACUUCGAGUUCGAGAUCAAGUUCGACGUCGAUGGGGGUAUGCGGGCAGUAGGCAAAAUAUUCUUCUCGUGUUUGUGCAUAUCCUACUGA